UUUCUGUUUUGGCGAUGGGGCUUUUCACGUCUUCUUCCUUCUUUCUUUUCUAAGGACAACGACGGAUUCUUACCGCACAUACCCAAACCCAACCAAAACCAAAAAAACUCGAAGAAUUGUUCAUUUCUUACAUCUCGAGUUUCUUGUAUAGAUCGGAAUUCUAACUUUUCCUUUUUUGUACAUUUUUUUAUUUAUUUUCUAGACACGUAAACGGAAGAUAAAAUUGGGGUUUUAGUUAUAAGUUUGCGUGAUCUGUAAAUCAUAAGAAGUGGUGGUUUUUGGAUCGUGAUCAAGAAACUGGUGGCUGAUAGUGAUAUGCAUAUUUGAGAGAUGGUGUUCAAGAGGAAGUUAGAUUGCCUUUCCGUUGGCUUUGACUUUCCCAAUAUCCCCAGGGCUCCUCGUUCCUGCAGGAGGAAGGUCCUAAACAAGAAGAUUGAUGAUGAUUAUGACACUAAGAUCUGUGCUAUUGACUUACUCGCUUUGGCUGGGAAGUUGCUACAGGAAAAGGAAAGCGAGAGUUCUUCAGCGUCUUCCAAUGCAUUUGAAGGGAAUAAUCACGAUGUUAAACAAGAACAAGAUGAUAAAUGCAAGCCUGUCAAAUCUGAAUUUUCUGACCAAGGAAACUCUGUGUCAAGGCCUACUACAUAUGACAACUCUACUGAGAAGUGUGUGGUGAACAGUUUCUCAUUUCCGGAUAAUGACGGCGUUUUGGAGCGAACUCCAAUGUCUGAUUACAAAAUGACUCAUGGCUCGAUGGCUUUAGGGUGUGACACCAAGAAUGCUAGUUGUGACUCUUACGUUAAAUCUGGAGGCAUCACUGGGGAGACAGGUGGUGUAAAUGUGAAUACUGGGUUUAAACAAGGAGAAGCAACCGAUCCCUUGGGAGAUGGAGGCUUAAUCACUGCUGCUUGCAACUUAGAGGAUGCAACUGCUUUAGGUGUGCGGUUUCCUAAAUUAGUUCGUGUGGGUGGUGAUUUAAAAUUGCCAUCCAGCAUGGAUAUGACUCCUAAUGGUUCCUUUGCUAGACAUGGGAAUCAUACUAACUUAGUUAGAAAAGAUGAUGAUGAAAAAUUCUUUAGUUAUCAUAAGCUUAGCAAUAAAUUUAAGUCGUAUAGGUCUCCAUCAAUUCGAAGAAUAAGAAAGUCGCUAUCGUCCAAAUACUGGAAGCAAGUUUCCAAAGAUUUUGGACACAGUAGAGCUGAUGUGGGUGUAAAGACUCUUUAUCGCAAAAGAAGAUCAUGUUAUGGGUACAACGCAUGGCAGCGUGAUAUCAUAUAUAAGAGGAGAAGAUCACCUGACAGAAGCUCUGUCGUUACUUCUGAUGGAGGACUCAGUAGUGGAAGUGUUUCCAAGUUGCCCGAGAAGGGAGAUACAGUAAAGCUAAGCAUUAAGUCCUUUAGGAUUCCAGAGCUUUUUAUUGAAGUUCCAGAAACUGCAUCAGUAGGAUCACUAAAGAGGACGGUGAUGGAGGCUGUCGGUGUUUUACUCAGCGGAGGAAUACGUGUUGGGGUAUUAAUGCAUGGGAAGAAGGUCAGAGAUGACAGGAAAACCCUCUCACAGACUGGGAUAUCAUGUGAUGAAAAUUUGGACAACCUUGGGUUCACCUUGGAGCCUGGCCCCGGCAAAGUUCCCCUACCUUUGUGUUCCGAAGAUCCUGCUGUGCCAACCGACCCUACGAAUUUGUCUGAACGGUCUCCGGCUUCUCCCACGUUAGAUUCUGGAGUGCCCCUUGCGGAUGACGUGAUUAAUUCAGGAAAUAUUGUGAAAAGUAACCUCGAUUUAGUUCCAUAUCAGAGUGACAUAUCUGUUGAUGAACCUUCAUCAGAUUCAAAAGCGCUUGUUCCACUUCCAUCCUUGGAAGUUAAGGCGCUUGCCAUAGUUCCGUUGAACCAGAAACCUAAGCGUGCUGAGCUUGCCCAGCGCAGAACCAGGAGACCCUUCUCUGUGACAGAGGUAGAAGCUCUUGUACAAGCAGUUGAGGAACUCGGGACUGGAAGAUGGCGUGAUGUGAAAUUGCGUGCUUUUGAGAAUGCAGAUCAUCGGACUUACGUGGACUUGAAGGACAAAUGGAAGACGCUGGUUCACACAGCAAGUAUAUCACCGCAGCAACGUAGAGGAGAGCCGGUGCCACAAGAUCUCCUAGACAGAGUCUUGAGGGCAUAUGGGUAUUGGUCGCAGCACCAAGGAAAACAUCAAGCGAGAGGAGCAUCUAAAGAUCCAGACAUGAACAGAGGUAGAGCUCUUGAAUCAGGUGUUUCAGUGUAAAAAAAAAAAGGAGGUACGCAUUGGUGGGUGGGUGUACAGAAGCAAACAACAAUAAUGGAAAACUCAAUUUCUGCAAAGAUUAAUUGUCUUUAUUUCUCAUUUUUUUCUCUUAAAUACACUUCUUUUUCCCUGCUUUCGUCACCUGUAAAUGACUCCAACUGGGAUGAGAUUCGUCCCUAACCAACUUUUUAGGUUUUCUAAAUUUGUGUUUUUUAAAAAAAUAUAUAUUUUUCACAUUGAUUAUUUUGUGUAAUAUUGUCACGGUCCAAAAAAGGAGUAUUGUAAUUUUAGCCA